UGUGGGAGGAAAUGGAACAAACAAGCCGGUUCAUUCUUCCUCCUCCACCGGCACCUCUCCCUUCCCCUCCCCCUCCGCCUCAACCGGUGCGCCGCCUUGUGAUAUCAGUCGAAGGUAAUUGCCAAAACAAAAGGAAAAAUUACGAGAUUCUCAGCCCCAAUUCCUAUGGUAUGAUAAUUGAGCCACACCGGAGGAAGAAAAAUACAAAAAGAGAGAAAUGGGAGGAGGAGAAAGAGGAGAAUACAACGAUGAAAAAUUUAUGUUGAUAUCAAAUAGUGACAGAGGAGAAGACGGCGAUGGUGGCGAGGACUUGGAAGAUCAAGGCAUCACCAGUACGCCUAAUAGUCUCAGCAAAGGAGCAAGCGGCGGUGCUAUUAAGGAUCUCUUCCUCAAACACUUGGAUCGAAGCUUUCCCGCUCGCUGCCUCUCCAGUUUUAAGCGUCUGGAGAAGGAUACUAGUAGAGAUUUGUCCCCGCGUCCUCAUUCUCAUUCUCAUAAUCCCAAUCGUAAUCGUGACGAUUUUGGUGGACAUCAUGAUGAUGAUGUUCUCGGGGAUAGCGCACCUCCCGAGUGGGUUUUGCUUCUUCUUGGUUGCCUUCUUGGCCUCGCCUCUGGUCUCUGUGUCGCUGCUUUUAAUACAGGGGUUCAUGUUAUACAUGAAUGGGCUUGGUCUGGGACUCCUAAUGAGGGUGCUGCAUAUCUUCGUCUGCAGAGGUUGGCUGACACUUGGCAUCGAAUUCUUUUGAUUCCAGUCACAGGGAGUGUUAUUGUUGGGAUGAUGCAUGGCUUACUGGAGAUAUUAGACCAAAUAAGACAGACUAGUAUUACCAGUCCUUCCCACAGACAAGGUAUUGAUUUGGUUGCUGGAGUUUUCCCCACGAUAAAGGCCAUUCAAGCUGCUGUGACUCUAGGUACUGGUUGUUCUUUGGGUCCUGAAGGCCCUAGUGUCGAUAUUGGAAAAUCGUGUGCCAAUGGACUUUUGUUAAUGAUGGAAAACAACAGAGAAAGGGAGAUAGCUCUUGUUGCAGCUGGUGCGGCAGCUGGGAUUGCUUCAGGUUUUAAUGCAGCUGUUGCUGGUUGUUUCUUUGCUAUUGAAACUGUGUUAAGGCCACGACGUGCUGAAAAUUCUCCUCCAUUUACAACUGCAAUGAUAAUAUUGGCUUCUGUUAUAUCAUCAACUGUUUCAAAUGUCGUACUUGGUACACAAUCAGCUUUCACAGUGCCACCAUAUGAUUUGAAAUCUGCUGCUGAACUACCUUUGUACCUGAUCUUGGGCAUGCUCUGUGGUGUUGUAAGUGUGGCGUUUACUCGCUUGGUCUCUUGGUUCACCGAUGCAUUUGAGUUCAUCAAGGAAAAAUUUGCGCUCCCUGCUGUUUUUUGUCCUGCUUUAGGCGGUUUAGGAGCUGGGAUAAUUGCUCUCAGGUAUCCUGGGAUACUAUACUGGGGUUUCACAAAUGUUGAAGAAAUUUUACGUACUGGGAAAAGUGCUUCAGCUCCAGGAAUCUGGCUGUUAACCCAACUAGCAGUAGCCAAAGUCGUGGCUACAUCUCUGUGUAAGGGUUCAGGUCUUGUAGGUGGCCUUUAUGCACCAAGUUUGAUGAUUGGUGCUGCUGUUGGUGCUGUAUUUGGGGGUUCAGCUGCUGAAAUUAUCAAUUCAGCCAUUCCUGGAAACGCUGCUGUUGCUCAGCCGCAAGCAUAUGCAUUAGUUGGAAUGGCUGCUACAUUAGCUUCAGUUUGUUCAGUGCCAUUGACAUCAGUUCUCCUGCUGUUUGAGUUGACAAAAGACUACAGGAUAAUCCUUCCCCUCAUGGGAGCUGUUGGAUUAGCAAUAUGGGUUCCUUCUGUGGCCAACCAGACGAAAGAUACUGAAGCAUCUAAUAAACGAGCUUUGACAAGGGGUUAUUCUUCUCUCUCAAAUUCUGAAGACAUAAAUGAAGUCUGGAGAAGAACUGACGGUGGAGGUGAUCUAGAACUCUCUGUUGUAGAGAAUGCUUCUGAUUAUGAAGCAAUCACUCAAGAUUUGCUUUUGGAAGAUCUGAAGGUUUCUAGGGCCAUGUCAAAGAACUAUGUAAAGGUUUCAAUGUCCUCAACACUGAAAGAAGCUAUUGAUUGUAUGCAUAACAGCAAGCAGAAUUGUGUACUUGUGGUUGAUGAUGAAGAUUUACUGGACGGAAUUCUAACAUAUGGUGACAUUAGACAGUUGUCUAAUAAGUCUGAUGAAGAUGCUAUAGGUGAUUCAACAAUUACAGACGUAAAUACCUGUCUUGUUUCAUCCAUAUGUACCCGAGGGAUAAGCUACAGAGGUCAAGAUCGCGGGCUUUUGACCUGCUAUCCAGACACUGAUUUGGCAAUUGCCAAGGAGCUAAUGGAGGCCAAAGGGGUCAAGCAGUUGCCUGUUGUUAAGCGGUGUAGAGGCUCCUGGAAAGAAAGGAAGCGAAGAAUUGUUGCUGUCCUUCAUUACGAUUCAAUUUGGAGUUGUCUCAGAGAGGAGAUAGCUCGUAUAGAAAAGAAAGUAGUCUUGACACGAUAACUGAAAGUGAUCAUUGAUGUGGUGAAGCGCUCGUCAAAUUUCAAGUUCCUUUGGACCAUCCUGCAAAGAAAGAGACAUCAAGGUUUUGGAUGACGGCAUAUACAACUUUUAGUCCAGUGAUUUGGAAAUGAAAACAUACGCCAUAUUUGAAAUUGCCUAAGAUUAGUUAUAGCAAAUUGCAUUUUGUAUAUGGAAAUUAUUAGUUACAAUUAUUGUUAUUAAAAGAAAGAAAAAAGGGAAAGGAAAAAAAAAAUCUGUCAAUAGUUGAAUCCAAA